UUGACAUUGUGUUUAUUAUUUGGUUCAAUGGCAAUUCCAGUGAUUGAUUUCUCUAAACUCAAUGGUUCACCAGAAGAGAGGGCCAAAGUCUUGGCUCAGAUUGCCAAUGGAUGUCAGGAGUGGGGUUUCUUCCAGCUGGCAAACCAUGGAAUUUCAGAGGAGCUACUAGAGAGGGUGAAGAAGGUAUGCUCUGACUGUUUCCAUGGUGAAAGAGAGGGAGAAUUCAAGAACUCAGGUCCUGUCAAGAAGUUGAAUGAAUUGGCCGAGAAAAAGAGUGGCGAAAAGCUGGACAAUGUGGACUGGGAAGAUGUCUUCACUCUCGCAGAUAAUAACGAGUGGCCAUCCAAGACUUCAGGAUUCAAGGAAACGAUGACCGAAUACCGAGCAGAACUGAAGAAACUAGCAGAGAAGUUAAUGGAAGUAAUGGAUGAGAACUUGGGAUUGGAGAAGGGCUACAUCAAGAAGGCAUUCAAUGGUGGUGAUGGAGACAAGGCCUUUUUCGGCACCAAAGUCAGCCACUACCCACCAUGUCCUCAUCCAGAGCUAGUGAACGGUCUCCGAGCACACACCGAUGCUGGCGGUGUCAUCUUGCUCUUCCAAGACGACAAGGUGGGAGGCCUUCAGAUCCUUAAAGACGGGGAGUGGAUCGAUGUUCAGCCACUUCCAAACACAAUUGUGAUCAACACUGGUGAUCAGAUUGAGGUCCUAAGCAAUGGGAAGUACAAGAGUACUUGGCACAGGGUUUUGGCUACUCCAGAUGGGAAUAGGAGAUCCAUUGCUUCAUUCUACAAUCCGGGAUUUGAGGCUAUCAUUGCUCCAGCACCGGAAUUGAUGGAAAAGGCUAACCUGGAAGCAGAACAAACUUAUCCCAAGUUUGUGUUUGGUGACUACAUGUCUGUUUAUGCUGAGCAGAAGUUCCUCCCCAAGGAACCCAGGUUCCAAGCUGUCAAGGCAACCUAAAACACAGGAACCCAGAAAUUUAUCUUUACUUUUUUGUUUAUCUUUAUUUUCUCUUUAUUUUUUAAAUUUGGGUUUAUGGGUGUUAAUUAGUUUUUUCUGCCUCCAUGGCAGAAGGCUUCUCUCUUAAAUAACUACAGAUGUAGUGUUUGAGAAAAGAAAGCCCAAUUAUAGCAUUACUGUGCUUGCUUUAGAUUGCUGUUGUGUCUUUCCACAAGUGCUUCAAAUACAUAUAAAUACGAUAUGCACUACUCUCUUUUUUUAUGUACGACUCUUAGACAGUAAGCCAUAUAUUCUGUUCCAAGUUUCAAACAUAAGUUCCUAAGGAAAAUAUACCCUAAUUUAAGCUUUA